GCGCACAGGAGGGCCGCGGCCGCGGGCAGGACCGACUCCAGUGCGAGAAUGGCUGUGACUUUGGAGGAAGCGCCUCGGCUGGGCUGGAUCCUGGUGAAAGCCCUGCUGAGAUUCACCUUCAUGGUCGCCAACAACCUGGUUGCCAUUCCAUCCUACAUCUGCUAUUUAAUUCUGCUGCAGCCCCUUCGCGUGCUGGACAGUAAGCGGUUCUGGUGUAUCGAAGGGAUCAUGUACAAGUGGCUCUUGGGAAUGGUGGCUUCCUGGGGCUGGCAUGCAGGAUACACAGUGGUGGAAUGGGGGGAAGAUGUCAAAUCAAUUUCAAAAGAUGAAGCCGUGAUGUUGGUGAACCAUCAGUCCACGGGAGAUGUGUGCACGCUGAUGAUGUGCCUGCAAGACAAGGGAUUGGUUGUUGCUCAAAUGAUGUGGUUGAUGGAUCAUAUUUUUAAGUAUACCAACUUCGGAAUUGUUUCUCUAAUUCAUGGAGACUUCUUUAUAAGGCAGGGAAAAUCUCAUCGUGACCAACAGCUGGUGCUUCUCAAAAAGCACCUAGAAAAUAAUUAUAGAAGCAGAGAUCGGAAAUGGAUUGUUUUAUUUCCGGAAGGAGGCUUCCUGAGGAAGAGGAGAGAAACAAGUCAGGCAUUUGCCAAGAAAAAUAACUUGCCAUUUCUUACACAUGUUACCUUGCCACGGGUUGGGGCGACACAAAUUAUUUUGAGUGCACUUGUAGCGCGACAGGAAAAUGGAAGUCCAGCAGGAGGAGAUGCUAAAGAGCUAGAGAGCAAAUCAAAAGGCCUCCAGUGGAUAAUAGAUACAACCAUAGCUUAUCCCAAAGGUGAGCUUUUAGAUAUUCAAACCUGGAUCCUUGGAUACAGGAAACCAACGGUCACACAUGUACAUUACAGGAUUUUUCCAAUUAAGGAUGUGCCCUUGGAGACUGAUGACCUCACCAACUGGCUCUAUCAGCGAUUUAUUGAAAAGGAAGACCUCUUAGCCCAUUUCUAUGAAACAGGAGCCUUCCCGCCUCCCAAGGGCCAUAAGGAAGCUGUUUCCCGGGAGAUGACCCUCAGCAACGCGUGGAUAUUCUUCAUACAGUCUUUCGCGUUUUUGUCAGGCUAUAUGUGGUACAGCAUCAUUCAGUAUUUUUACCAUUGCCUGUUUUAGAUACUGACUCAGACUUGUCAUAGGAGUUCAGACUUUCAUAAGUGUGCAUUAUUUACAUGUGCAAAUCAGAAUAUAUAAAAAAGCAAAGGAGAUUCAAUGGAAGAAUUACUAUUUAUCCCCCUUUGGGAUAUUUUAAACUACUAAAAUGAGGAUCAGUAAUAGAAUGACCUGCUAAUAUAUUUUAAGAACUUUUCAUGUCUUAAAGCGAUACACUCUACCACAUGUUUAAGCAAACAUCACAUCUGGAGAAGCAGAAAUCAUCAAACCAUCCUUGAAGACCGAAAGAAAAUCUGUGGCCACCAGCUACCGUUGGUCACUGGGUUCCAGCAUGGGGGCUGGGCCCACCCCUCCCAGGUAGCAUUUCUAGGCUCUGCCCGGCCUUCCCACAGACACCUGUGCCGUUGCUGUCACAGUGAGCAGAGUUGGACCACCUCCAGAAGAACGGAUUCAAACUCCAGCCCCAUUCCCAGGCCAAGGAGCAGCAUUGGCCUUCUCUGGGGGGUGGGCAGUUUCCAUCACGCUCCUCCUGGCACAGGCCAUGUCUUGGAACCAGUGCGGCCAGCACCGUGUUUACAUGUGCUGGUGCUUUCCCUUCCUUGGGGGCACGGGACGUCUGUUUUCUCCUUGUGUGUAGAAGGCAUAUCAUAGAUUGAUAAUUGUAUUUUAUAAAAUGCACUUUUAUCAGAUGCAGAUAUAGCCAAGGAUAGUAAUGUACCCUGAAAACACAAGUGAGCCUCUGCAGCAAGCACCUCCCAGAGGCUUCCCUGUCUCUGCCCACUCACCCGUAGGUGCUUUCAGUGCCACCCUGCCCUAUACCCCUCCUGCCACGAUGCCUCAGUCGUAGCUCGAGCCCCCUCCCCAUUUUGACAUAGCACUAAGUGUAUUUGGGGAUGGUUGACACAAAUUAAUGCAAAACAUUUACAUGAUCAGCUUAUAGAAAGUAACUAGUUGAUUAGGAAACUAAGAGCUAGAGCCAAACAUUGUCCUGGAACAGUGAUGAGCGCUCCCCUCAGCCACCGACCCUGGCCAGCCCCAUGCGCCAUCGCUUACUACAUCCAAGCCUUCCACGUAGGCGUGAUCAGGAGAGAGCAGCACAGGGCUUUCUGGCCUUGGCCAUCUGCUGGUGAAGAGGAUAAAGUCAAGCUUCGGUUCUUUCUAGGAAGCCUUUUCUUUAUUUGUCAUUAUGUGCAUCUGAUUUACCUCACGGGAGAACCAAACUCCUAGAAAGUGCUGUACUGCAUUAGUGUUAGAUCACAGAUGUCUUUUGGCUGAGGACGGAGGCUGUCGAGAUUUCUGUCAGUGGUAGUUCUCUGUGAUAAGAGCUUUGUAGAUGCCCCUGUUGUCACUAAUCUCACAAACAGUAAUUCUGAGAAGUAGGUUGUAAAACAAAAAGGCUAAUGUUUUCUGUUUUCAGAUAAACCAAAAAUACUGAAGACAUGUGAAUUUUUCCCAGUUAUGUGGAAAAGGUGGAGCAAUACCAAAUAAAAGCCCACAACAGCUUCAUCUUUAGGGUAGCUCUGAGAAUACAUGGAACAGCAGCAGCAGGCUGUGUUAACUGAAAUACCUCAUGGAAAUUUACUGCUGCCACACUGCAGCAACAGUGUUAAUACAAAUGACUUGGUAACAGUUGUUAUAGAAUGCAAUGUUGUUGAAACCUCAGUAACUAGUUAUGUGUUCUGCAGUGACAGUAAGUGAAGCCAGUCUCACCAGAUGACAGAAAGCCAAAGAGAAGCUGUCUCACACUUCUGUUUGAGGCUGGCACACACCAGUCAGUGUCAGGAUGAGUUGGAAUUGUUGUUUGAGGUGUAGUCGGCCAUCUGGGGAGCAGUUGCUCCCUGCCAAGUAAGUGUGCGCAGUCCUAGCUACUAGGCUGGUCCUCAUCAUGAAGCCUGCCAGAAGUAGAGUGGCUGCUUCUAUCCCAAAAGCAUGCCUCCAUGCACGACGUGUGUGGUGGCCUGGCCACUUUGCCGUUGCUGUGCUCCAUGGGAACAUGACGUUGCUGAGCCCACUGUGCGCUUCAAACUCUCCUGCAAGAUAUCCUACUUCUCCAGUGCAGUGUCCUUUCCGUAGUCUCCAGAGUGACACCUACCUACUACCCCUGUGUGAGUUGGGUUCUGAAUAUAGAUCUGUGAGUUAGUAACAGAUGUGUAUUUGACCUGCCCUCCUCCUCCCCUUUCUGAACAUGUGUUGUCUCCAUUUGCACAACAUGUUACUUGAGAACGUUGGUUGUACUUUCCUGAUGAGCCAGAGUUCAUCCUCUUGCACUGGAAGUAAGAAAAGAAAAUCUGUUCUAUUAUGGCUACUGGGGAAGAGGGCAGCAAGAUGCCACUGUGCAGAGAUGAAUAAAAUGCCUAUCUGUACUUGCUUUGUAAAGACAGAGGCAGGAGGUUUUCAUCUUGCCAAGGCUAAAGAAGACAAAACUGUCCCCAGUUUGCAGAGGCGUUGGUUAGGAUCUUGCCAGUUCUCAGGCCCAGCUGGUAAGCAGGAGUUUGCGCUUGCUGCCGGAGUCCUGGGAUCAGUGAGGGAUAGUGUUUGAGCACCUGCUUGCCCACAAGCAGGCCCAGUGACUGUAAAAGUGACCAUAGUAGCAGCUCAUCCUUAGCUUCCAAAAGAACUGUUGGUGUUGAGAUGCACAUGUGACAGGGAUACCCACAAGCAAUGAAAGAAAAACUAGAGUAGAAAGUGAUGUUUGGGGGACAAACAAGUCAGUAGAGAAUUGAAAUAGGUGUUUUUAAAAAGACAGCUAUGAGUUCGUAUCUAUCGUAUUGUUAAAUAGUCAUUGAUACUACAUCCAGUGCUUAAUUUUCCAUGGUGAAGGAACUAGAGAUUAAGUCAUAGGGAUGCCAGAAAUUCAGUUCUGUGUAGGAGUUUGAAUUUCUUCUCUCAUCAAACAUUUUUUUCCUUCUAGAAGGAUCCUUACUAAUUUAAAAAAUUAUAUGAAUUGUUCAUUAAUUUUUUUUGCCCACAUUUUUAUGAUUGUGUUACGGAGUAGUGAAAGGACAUGGAAGCACCAAAGCUCAAGCAGUCCAUGGGCUGAAAAAGGAGUCCCUGGAUCGUCAAGAGUUGAUGGGGCCUGAAUUGUGCUCAGCCUUUGUGAAGUUGAACCCUUGGGUUCCCCACUGUCACCUCAGAAGGUCUCUGGUGUCGUCCCUCUGGGCAGAUGUGGAGAGGGUCACUCAGUCUCACUCACAUUGCUCGUGUGGGUUUGUCUUGGUGAUGUUCUUGACAAUCACUUCCACAAAGACUCUUCUGAACUAGUUGGUCCUGGUUAUAAUCAUAGAAAGUAGUCUUUAAUAAUGGGUAGUUUUCUUGUAUUCUUUUUAUAUUUAAAAAGAAAAUGUUUUAUUUGCACUACUGAAUAGGAAGAGUUAACUGUUGUCUCUGUUCUUUUUUUUUUUUUUUGAAGUCACUACACAGGACUUCCCUCCAGAGUUACCAUUGUGUAUAUAUUCAGCUCUGGCCCACAAGGGAUGGAUAGAAAUUAUAUAUAUAUAUCAUGGCCUUACAGUGCUAUAGGCCUUCCGUCUGUAACAUGCAAGGCAGAGUCUUCAGGAGCACUGGGUACCAGAUAUAAUGGUUCAUGUUAUGAGAAGUAGAAACUAACAUGUUUGGGACCAAAACCACAUAAGUUGCAAAUUUCUUGAUCACUAAAGGGCCGAGCGUACUCUGGAGCACUCAUUGCUUGGUGCUUUAUUGGAAUCAUUUCAUACCAGUCCCCAACAACUAGGAGCUGGACCCUGGCAAUAUUGCUGCUGAGAGUGCCGACCCUGUUGGGGAAGGGAGACUGUAGCCAUAUGGAAGAUAAAACGUGGAGUUUUCUGCAAAAGUUCCAUCUGAGGAUUUUUACAUUGAAUAUUUUUUAAAAAUGCUUUAAGAGCAAAAAUUGUAAAUGUAUUCUAGUUGCAAAAUAUACACACAUAUUGAAUUGCUUUAUUUUUAUUGUGUAAAACUGUUGACAUAACUGUGGUGCACAAAUUCUUUACAUGUAAGGAGUCUAUGCAUUUUACAGGAACUUAUUUUAUGAUUGGGUAAUGAUAUAGUUGUACAUUCAACUGCCAUUAUUUUUAUUAAGUGCUUUCAUUUUCUUUACAGUUAUUACAAAGUUUUAUUUAUUUUAUAAAGAUGGAUUUUCAUUUUCCUGAUGCCGUAAUGUUUACUUCAGCUUGCUGAUCUUUCUCUGUGUAUCUGCAUGUUGUAAUGUGUGCUGAGAAUGAAUGGAAAGGCUGUGGCAGCUGUAACUGAUACUUGUAAAGGGCUGGUCACACACGGAUCUGGUUUAGGAAUGCAUUUGGGGCUAUAUUAGGAGCCAGAUCCCCUUUUUGGAAAUUGAGAUACGAACCAAAACAAAGGAAUAGAUAGCUGGUUCUAUUUUUUUUUUUCAACCCAGAGAAAAUAAAGGUUGUUUGUUUGUUUUUUUUUUCCAAGUACAGUGUUUUUACUUCUUCAUAACGGGGCCAGGAUGUCUGUUGUACAGAACUCUGUUGGGCAGUAAUAGCUGGGAGCAUUUGGCUCAAGGCCGGUGCAGUGGGCUGCCGCUCACGCAGCUGGAACCGCCAGGAGCAGCACGCUGGACUCCUUCAUGCUCAGAAACGCGUGCUCCCUACUCCCCUCCCUCCCCAUCAGUGGUGUGCUGCUCAGUGCUUAGCAGUCCGCUGGCCUGGAAAAAGCUGUUUGUACAACUGUACAUGAAGUUGUUACAGAUUUUACUGAUAACAAGGAUGUGUAACACAAUUAACAAAUGAUAAUAUAAAUAUUUCAUUGUGAAUUCCAUGUAGCUUCCUGAUUCUCUUCAGAUACCUGGUUGCUUUUUGCUGAACUUCACACAGAGCUGACCUUUGGUUGUAUUUCAGCCAUGAUUUGAGUCAUGAUGUCGCCUCCUGAUUGACUAACUCAUCUCCCAGUGAACUCACUGGUGUAAUAUGUGAUCUUUUAAGCUCCAUUUCCUGGUGCAGGGUGUUGAACCUAAGGCUUCACAUAUACUAGCUGUGCCGUUGAGCUACAUCCCCAGGCCCAAGCUCUUGUUAACCUGGUAUAAAAGCACUUUUUAGGCUCAGCACUAAUUCAAGUUCAUAUGAUUUAAUAAUAGCAAUUGUUUAACAACUGCUGGAAAAUUCUAAAUUUGAACAGUUGAAUCCAGGGAGUCAGUAAAUGCUGUCUCCAGCACACCACACUGCCCUGGUUUGUUUUAUAUUAAACUAUUUAACCAUUAGUGUUGAAUAAACAUCUUGCAUUUAAUUUAUCCAUGGGUCUGAAAAAACCCCUAUUGUUGACCAUGGCGGGGGCUUUAAGGCAUAGGAAAAGCAUUAAGAUCCAUCCCACUGAGUGAGCUUUUGAUUUUGAAGAUGUGACAACAAAUUCCUGAAGUGCAAGGGAAGAGUACAGCUUUGGAAGUUGUCUUAAGGUUUUCAUCUCUCAAAACUAACUGUGGUCUAAGCAUCACGAAGAUUAUGUUUCAUGCAUUUAAAGCAUCGAGUGUUUAGUUGAUUGUCAAGUAUGUUUCAUCCCACUGAAAAUUUUAAAUGUGUUGCUUUAUCUUGCACACUCUGCCAAAUAAUUUAAAUAGUUCCAGUUCAGUCUACCUCUUUUUCAAUCUGGACUUACUAGGCUGCUGUGUGGUGAGGAAGUACUUUCUUUGGAGACAGAAUGCACUAGGCUGAGGCCUGCAAGUGAAUUGAAACACUCAGAUCUGUUGCUGACCAGCCCUGUUCCUCCUGACCUGGGGGAGCCAACUGUUCAUAAUUCCCCCUCAGUAUGAAAAUGUGUUUUUAAAAUGUUUCUUCUUGCUGAAAACUGUAUUUUUAAAAGAAAAUCAUCUUUUGGCUCUCAGAAGUCAGCUGUAUGAGGUGUGACCAUAUCAUAACAUGCUGAUAUAGAAAUCAAUAAAUUUUUACCUCUCAGGA